UCACCAACAACCACAAGGGAGGCGGGCCACUUGUCGGCGGGAUUGGUCGGUCUGUCAGGGACUGGGGGUGUUUUUUAUUUUCACUUCUUUUGUAAUUUUCAUUCUUUGUUUCCACUUCCAACCUAUACAGGCCGAUGACUCCAACCUCCCAUGCUAUCAACUCCGAGCUUCCCGCGCUAUUCCACCUUGCUCGCCAUCGUGUCCUUCCAUCCUCCCUUUCCCUCUAAACACGCCACUACCCUCCACUUCUCUCACUUUUUGAUCAGCUAGACUUGUUUCUGCUGGCCGAGAUGGGAGAACGUCCUGUUUCUGCUGGGGACAGCUCUGAGCCCACCCCUAAAGAAACUCACACCCUUUCCACAGAGACAACCCAGAUCAGAGAGACCGACAUGUCCAGAGAGACAAGAGAGGCCUCGGAGACGGAUCAGACCCCAGAAGCAGUCACAAGCCAGACCGAGCCGGAGAAGACGGACAGCAUCGUCCACGACACCAAGCUCGCCGCCCCGGCACUACUGGGCCCUGUGACAGACGGUGCCUCCUCCGGUAAUGAUGCCUCGCCCGUCGAAACCGACCUCAUGGCCGCAUACAGCCGCUUCGCGCCCAACCAGCGCAUCAUCAUCAUUGCCGUCGCCAGCACCAUCGGCAUGCUGAGCCCUCUGAGCUCCAACCUGUACACGCCCGCCAUCCCGGCCGUCGCGAGGGACCUGGACGUCUCCACAGACGCCAUCAACCUGACCAUCACCUCGUACCUCGUCCUGCAGGGCAUCAGUCCCACGCUCUGGAGCUCCAUCGGCGACAGCACCGGCCGCCGCUUGCUGUACCUAAUCGCCCUCACCAUCUACCUGGCCUCCUGCAUCGGCCUCGCCCUGUCCUACAACUACCCGGCCGUCGUCGCUCUGAGAGCCAUCCAGGCCAUGGGCUCCGCCUCCACCACGGCCAUUGGCGCCAGCCUCAUUGGCGACCUGAUCCACGUCAGCCGCCGCGGCAAGUAUAUGGGUAACUACAGCGCCCUCGGCGGCGCCAGCACUGCCUUUGGCUCCGUCAUCGGCGGCCUGUUCGCCCAGUACACGGGCUGGCGGGGCAUGUUCAUCUUCAUGUCCGCCCUCGCCGCCUUCCUUCUGCUCUUUACCGCCCUGUUCCUCCCCGAGACGAAGCGUGGCAUCGUCGACGACGGCUCCGUCCAUGCCCCUCGUUACCUUCGGGCCCCUCUUAAGUGGCUCGACGCGCCCAAGAAGUCCCCCACAGACCCCGACGCCGUUGCCAGACCGGCCGCCGCCAAGUUCCGUAUCGAUAUCGGCGCCCCCGUCCGUCUACUCGUCGAGCCCGAGUGCCUGUGCAUCGUCCUCUUCACUGGCGUCUGCUACACAGUCUGGCAGGUCACCAUGGUCGCCACUGCCACCCUUUACGCCGAGCGCUAUGGCCUGAACGAGCUGAGCAUCGGCCUGACCUACAUCUCCAACGGCGUCGGCUCCGUCUGCGGCAGCGUGCUCACAGGGAAGCUGCUGGACCGCGAGUACAAGCACCAACUCAAGAGGGAGCAACAGGCAGCGGCAGCCCGGCCGGCUGAAGCCGACGACGGCUCGCCUCCCGCGAACGAAGUGCAGCACAUCGAGCUCGCACGCAUCAAGCCCGUCAUCAUCCCUACCAUUGGGUAUCUUAUCUCCGUCGUUGCCCUAGGCUGGAUCAUCCAGUCCAACGUCCAUAUUGCCGCCUCCAUUACCAUGGCCUUUUUUGUUGGAGGUCUCAACACCAUCAUCUUGGCCGUGUUCUCAACCCUUAUUGUCGACCUGUUUCGGUCCCAGAGCUUUAGUGCCACCGCCUCUAUGAACCUCUCGCGCUGUCUCCUGUCCGCCGGCGGAACCGCCGCCAUCGGGCCCCUAAUCCGAGCCGUCGGCGUCGGCUGGGCCUUCACGCUCUGUGCCAUCAUCGCGCUGUUUUCAUGUUCCUUCGUCGUGUUAGAGCUGUGGCGGGGUCGACACUGGCGCGCGAAGCGGACGGCGGCGGCGGCUCAGAGGGAGAAGGAAUUUCAAUGAUGAACCCGAGCAACAGCCUGGGUAUCUCAUGUCUUGCCGUGCUGUGGUUGGGAGGCCCUUCAUGUCGUGGAAUAUCUUGACGAUCUUUGAUGCCUAUAUCGAAGGGUGCCCAGGUCACUACCGGGCGCGGCUCCUGUCCGUGGCGUUGUCAGCACCUUACCUCAACAAUUGUUCUCUAACAGAGUCGCGACAUGUACAUGCACUAAUAUAUUUCACCUUCUUACGUACCACCUGCUGAAUUACUUCAACUCGGCGUUCCAUCUCUUAGUUCGUACAUACUUCAUUUUAUAAGAUUCAGACUUGUAACACACU